AUGGACGUAAACAACUCUCAACAAGUCAUGCGACUGAACCUCAACAGUUCUCUCAGCGAAUUUACUCGUCGCAAAAACUGGUCUUCAAGCAUCCUGGACUCCUUGAGGGAUGUCGUUCAUGUACUUAACAGCGAUCUUCGUCUUGUAUUCUGCUCGGCUGCGUCUAGUGAGUUUCUAGGCUACAAACCCUCUGAACUCGUCAACCACACCUUCACUGAAUAUCUGCAUGUGGAUGAUGUGGACAUGUUUGUGAGAGAGUUCCGCAACUGCAAAAACUCGAUGCAAACUUUCAAAUGUAGCUAUCGCUUUUUGCGUAAAGAUGGUAAAUACACAACGUUGGAGACCAAAGGUACUUUCUACAGGGGCUCUUUGUUUGGCAAUGCUCGAAAGGUGCCUACUGAAGCUGCUCGAUCAAUUGACUCCUUUUUGGAUCUAAAGAUGGAGAACGAAGUGUUAAAGAAGAAGCUCGCUCUGCUCAAGCAACAACAUCACAGAAGAGAAUCCUCCGCCAACAGCGACCAGACACUAUCCACUGCAUCGUUAACGACAGGCAAUGGAGACAUGGAUGACAAUUCCAGCGACGAUUUUGAUGACUUUCAUAUACCAGCUAAUGCACCCAAUGUAUACACCCAGGGUGUCAACUCUUCGUACGAUAUCAAUGAGAGUUUGGCUCUUUUUACAGGUUUGAGAUACGAUCUAGGAGAACGGUCCUCUGGUAUUUCGCUCGGUUUAGAGGCUGGUGAAUUGACCAACAUUGGCAUGAAUCAAUUCAUGUCUACCCCCAUCAUUGUCAGCAACGCAGAGAAUAUACAAGAACGAACAAAAUCGCCCUCUGACAAGCUUCGAUCAGGCAAGAAGAAACGUGUAGAGAAAUCUGACGUGCCAAAGAUUUGUACAGACUGUGGUACAACUGAUGCACCAGAGUGGAGAAGAGGACCUAGUGGACCCAAGACACUUUGCAAUGCCUGUGGAUUGCGUUGGUCAAAGACCAAGAAAAAGCUUGAAACCAUGUAG